CAAGUCAUUUUAACACGUAUACGAACAGGACAUUCAAAUCUUAACCAAACACUAUACAUUAUAGGGAAACAUAAUACUGGUCUAUGUAAUGUUUGUUUAACAGAGGAAUCAGUGGAACACGUUAUGAUGAUAUGUACAGCAUAUGAAAGAGAAAGGGAUCGACUUAAAGAUGAAUUACAAUCCUUAGGAGUUAAAGAAUUUUCAUUAAGUAGUAUUCUGAAUGAUGGUCCAAAUGCAGGAAAACAAAUAAGUGCAAUCAUGAGAUUUCUUAAGAAUUGUGGAAUAAUGAACAGAAUUUAAGAUUUAGGUGAGAAAUGGUACAUUCUCUUCACACUCCAUCACAGUAGGUGGCGGUAUGCACCUAUGAAGUUGGUUCGCAACCCGCCAUAAAACCAAAAGAAGAAGAAGAAGAAGCCGUACGUGCUAGAAGCAGAUUCAUAGGAUGGCGAAUGUGAAGUGCUGCAGCGAAGGCCCCUCUAAAGAAGGAGGUCCUCCUGGCAUCCCUCAUCUUUCAGCAGGACCGGAAGAGAAGGGAAGCAGUGUGAAAACUAAGACUGUCUCUUCCAGCACGGCAUCAGGGGACAGUCUGCGAAAGCGGUCUGCUGAUGAGAUUGGCCUCGAAGAUGAGUCUAAAAGUAAGCCAGCACCCCCUAAAAUGUCUAAAGCGGGGUUUAGCAUGACUGCGAAGAAGUCUGCGCCAAUCUCUAUCAAGCUGGGAGCAAGCAAACCUAAAGAACCCACACCUGCCUUACCUGCCAAGAAAGCUGGACUGGCAUCUGUUUUUAAUGAGGAUGAUGAUAGCGAGCCUGAAGAAAUGCCACCUGAGGCAAAGAUGAGGAUGAAGAAUAUUGGCAGAGAAACGCCCACAUCAGCUGGACCCAAUUCCUUCAACAAAGGAAAGCAAGGAUUCUCAGACCAUCAGAAACUUUGGGAGAGGAAGCUUAAAUCCCAGGCAGAUCAGUAGUGUCCGGUUGCUUACAAUAGCUUGCUUUUUGGCAUUGAAAUAUUUGCCCUUUUGUCUCUUCGUUUGAUGACAAUUGUACAAAUGUAUAUAUGUAAUGAAUGUUUACGCUAUAAAGCAUCUUUUUAUUGUAGCUAAUUAGAUUUUUUUUAACCACACUGUGGUUAAAUAAUACCUUCUUGUGUAAGAUGCAAAUCACAACAGAGAAAUUAAGAAUAAUCUUUUUUGCUGUAUAAUAUGGUAUGUGCCACACUGACCCCUGUUAUCAUUUGCUUAUAGUAUAGUUGUUCUCCAAAGGAAUGUAGUGGUCCAGUCAUUCAGUUUCAUUCAUAGAAAUGAAACAAGACGUUGUAUUUUAUAGUUACUAAUAAAUCAGAGAUGUGGUA